UUCUGGCGCCGGAACUUCCCGAGUGGGCCCGCGUUGCAUGGAGGGGGUGAUGAACUGCUUUGCCGGAAGUUGCAAGUUCAAAGAGCACACCGGCCCUAAACGGGUUGGUAAGUCUGCGCGGAGGGACGAAUAAGACAAUAUUUAUUGGCAGCGUGGCUUCUCUCUGCCGCUGCAAGUAGGAAUGAUCCAGUAUGCUGCUAUCACGGCUGACAUCCCAGAUAGCAAGGGCCUCGCGAUUUGCAGAACGCUUCCUGUUGAGAACGCCGGCUCCGCUUCCUAAUCCUAGACUCGCUGCUUCCGCAAAUUACAGCACGCAUCCCUCAAACAGAAAUGGAGCCCAGCCCCAACAGUGGCUCAACCUGGACCCGGAUCUGGAAGAAAUCCUGGUGCCGAGGAAGAUGUCCAUCUCCCCUCUCGAAAGCUGGCUGACGGUCCAGUAUAUCCUCCCUAGUGGUGAAGGAGCCACCAGCAUCUACAAGCGACUAGGCUAUGAACCCGCUGGGGAGUACGACCUUCCCCCCUGUUCCUGGGGUGCGGAGGAUGAGAGCGAGGAGGGAGGGGAGCUGAACCAGGACAAAAUGGAGUGCAAGAACGUUCUGAAGAUCCGGAGGAGGAAGAUGAACAAGCACAAGUACCGGAAACUGAUGAAGCGGACAAAGUUUUUGCGGAAGAAGAUCAGGGAGGGGCGUCGUCGGAGAAAGCAGAAAAGGUUUGAACGCGAUCUAGAGCGCAUCUGGAGGGGAGCUGGCCUGCGGAAGCCGCCGAAGGGAUGGGUGACCCCCAAGAUAUAUCUGAGGCUUGUGAAGUCAGAUUGACGUUGCUCUGGGCCAGUGAAGAAAAGUCGGGCGAUUAACUUUUGCAGUUUUUAUUUACAACGUUGACAACAGGCACUCCAAGAAGCCCUCCCACUCUUGGAGUAUAUCUGCGAAGCAUCCUUUUUGACCCUUGGAAAGAAAGCUAGAAUUGUAUGAUCAGAUCAAAAAUGUCAUCAGACCAAGACUUAAAACUCUGUCUAAACCGGUGACACAGAAAUACAGACCUCUCUGAGUGGGUGUUGCGGACACAGCUGCUCAAAGAAAAUGUGUCAAAUAUAUACCAUAGGGCCCCACUUAUACGGCGGGUUAGGGAUGAGGCCCCUGCCAUAAGGUGGAACCCAUAGACUAUAAGGGGGCAGUGGCGCAAAAAUGCCACAAAAUCGGCUUUAAAAAGGGGAAUUUCCUGCCGCUGCAUCAGCGGAACGCCGGAAUGCGAAGCGCUGGUAAGCGGAGCCCUACUGUACAUACAGAUCAGAUGUUUUGAAUUACCUGUUCAGGGGCCAUGUAUGAUUUUGUGCCCUUCUUUCUGGUCCUCUUCACUGGAAUAUCAUCUGCACCUGUCGUUACUAGUCCAAAAUCACCUAUCUUUAUUAUAUUUUGAAAAGAUAUGAAUAUGUUUGCAGGCUGCAAAGAUUAAAAAACAACAACACUGGUG